AUGGAUUACCGGGAGUGUAAUUUUGGACCCUCAUGCACCUGUGAUCAUAGGCCAACCCUGGUUCAUGGUACAUCGCCUAAUUUUUCACCACCAAAUGUCAGAGGGAGUGAGCCAUUGUCUCUCACAUCGCCUUCAUGCACGAAGAAGGAACAUAUUGACAACAAUUUGAGAAAAAAAUCAAGAGGUGAAGGUUUGUAAAGAGCCUUUACUGAAAUCUAAGAACUAUGAUUACGACUCAAAUAAUCAGAAAUAUUUGAAGAAUAAUUUGAAAUAUUUUUAGCGUAGGUGCCUUGCAUAUAUGUCCAAUUUUGGGCUCCUCUUAUUAUUAUGAUUAUUAAUAGUGAUUUUAGUGAUAAUGUUGUUAUUAUUGCGAUUUUAGCAGCAUUUUCCUCAUGCUUUGCAUAGGAAAAUAAAACAAUUUUUUGCUCUUUUUGCAGUAAAGAGAUUUCUCACUACUAGGGCUAUUUUUUCUUCCACUUAAUGUCACAAUAAAUAAGCAGACAAUUGUAGGAAAUGGUACAACAGAAAUGUUUAACUGUCUUUCAUUGAGGAGGAGUGGAAGAGUCUUCUAGCACCUUGAAAAAGAGUCCAUGUUCUUUAGUUUUGAUUGUAAGUCUCCAAAAAGCCAUAUAAAUUCACAUUCUUUAGCCUUCAUUGUUUGAUUAAGAAUGGAAAAAAUGCAAAAAAAAACUGGGGGACAACCCUAUAAAUUUUAUGUUGCCCAGCUUUCAAAAAGUGAUAUCAAUGUAAAUGAUUUGGUUUGCCAUGUUUUUAAUAUCUGUUUGUACCUAUGUGGACUAUAAAGAAAACAAACUAUUCAGGGGGGCACUGUGCCAGGAUUGUGACUUUAACACACCCCUCAAGACAUACUGGCUCCUUCAAACCAAUGAAUUAAUACAUGCACAUCCACAGAUUAUUCAUGGAUGGAUUUUCACCUCUCUCCCAAGCCUAGUGGGAACUGACUUAAACAUUUUAUUGAAAAUUUUUCCUUUAAGUGCCCAUGACACGAAAUGGUUUUUUGCAUAUUCUCGUUGAUAGCUGUUUUUUAAAUUAGAAGUAAUCGACCUUAGCGCUCAGCGAGUUCUCCUUGACAACUUUUUCUUUGUGCAUUGAAAGUAUGAUUUGGCGGCCCAAAAGUGCUAUUAAACGCGCAGCCAAAACGACACGUUGCAUAGUUGUGACGCAGGAAACUGUGAGGACACGGCGGCAACUAUGGUGAAGAAAGGAGAAAUCUAGAAGGAAGGACGAACGUGUUGCGUGGCCGAAGCGCCAAAUGAUGUUAGCUAUAAGAAUAAUACAGAUACACCGGGUAUUUCUAUACACUACUUUCCAAAGGAUGUAGCUGUACGGCCAAAUGGACGCGUUUCGAUCAUCGACCGAGGAGAUUUUACUCUUCAAUGUCAUCGGCCUCAUGCUCCGUACCGCUUCGAAGACGCCUGUGACAAACACAAAUCACUAGUCAAAUCAGGGGAAGAUAAAUAAUGAGUUCAGCUGAAAAGAAUGCUGAGAAGGGGUCUGUUCCCACACCGUACGCGAUUAUUCAUCGUUCUUUUCGACUGACAUUUCGCAAGCGAAGAAUGGUGAGCUCUUUAUUUUUGUUUAUUUCACGCGCUUAAGAUAUAUUCAUACUCCUUGUCUUUCCAUAUGACUUCAUUUGCGCUUUUCUUAUCGUAUGAAAGUCCUAGCAAUUGCAGUUUCCAUGGUCUUUUAAUAACAGAAAUACAUCCUUUGUAAUAAAGUUCAAGCCCUUUCCCGAGCUGACCGGUAUCCAGUUGCGUGAACAGUGUGAAACCUCUGGCGGAAAGCCAGUUAACCUUUCCGAAAACCAUCCCACGAGCCAUCGAUUACCCCUGCCCUCAAGAAACUAAAAGUAGUAACAACAACAUUCCAACAGUAGGAAUGUCAUUGUGAUAACAGCAUCACAGCGAGAUAAAUAUUGAAUUAUUGAAGUAGAUGUGGCGAAUCCAAGUGCUGUGUGAAAGUCGAUGCGAACGAAAUAUUUAUUUAUCAUACUGAUGUCAGUUAUUUCCUUUGAGCGGAAUGGGUCAUAGAGCAAUUCUUCGCUUAAACUAAAGAAGUUUUUCUCAGCUAAAAUUCCUAUUUGAGAUUAACUUGAAUCAGAUGAUUAUAAACUCACUCGUUAUCUGUUCGGAUUGACCGGUGUUAAAGCGGGUUAAACCCCUUCCCCUACUAAACUUUCCUUUAAACGUGGCUCCGUAGGGCUUUUUGACCGCCCGAGACCUGGACCCGAACAUGGCGCGAGCUUUGAAAAUGUCAACAUGCCAAACAAAUAUGGCGGCUCGAUACGAUCGCACGAUUCAUAUAAAAAGAGGCGUGUAAAAAAUAUAUAUACACAUUAUAGACUCUGGGAAUUCUAACAACGACACCCAAUGUAUUUCUUGGCCUUUUACGUCUGAAAAAGGCCGACACAACGCCUGCGACGCGUUUGGUCGCUUCGAGAAUACCUAAAAAAUAAAGAUAACAACGAAGGAAUCAUGAAGUUAAGGCUACCAAAUUUGGUCAGCUAGAAAAACUGAAUUCCGAAGACGGCUGCGAGGAAAAGGAACCACCUACAAAACGGGCGCUAAGGUCAUCUCGGGUAAGUAACCUACAUGUUCAGGAUAGUUGCCUUUUUCCGUCCUCGGAAGAUAAUUAUUGUUUUGAUCGAUCGCGAAGUUCAGGUCGCUAAGGUAGCUCUGAUUUCCGCUAGCAGACGGCAGCUAAAAAUCUACAAGGAACUCGAGUGGUAGACAUACAAACAUUUGCACAAGGCCUCAAGGAAUGUUUAUUUUGUAAACGUGGGAAAUAUGAAUAAUUUCUAAUUUUACAACAAUAUUAACCGAGUGAUACACACUAUAAGAAUUGAAUUUGCCGCAGUGCGGCAUUUCGAUGAUGCUUGCAAGGAUUCCUCGAAAUGAAUCGCGUAAAGGUAUGUACCUUAUUAUCUUGCACGGAGCAACUAUAGAAUACAGGGCCACUGAUGUCCAGUAGCGCUUGUGUUCGUGGUCAGAGAAAUUCGCAAUUCCGAAAAGAACAUGCCAAAUAAAUAUUCAUGGCGCGAAAAAAUUCGAAAGUGUGCGCAAGCUCAAAUACCAAUCUUGACGAAAUUCCAUUCCAUUACGUAAUGUUUUGCGACAAAGAAAAGGGGGAUCUUUCGAGUAAAAUUUAUCGCGUUUUCUUCGGUGGAAUUUCCUAAGAUUUGCUGGACCGUUAAGCAUAUUUGUGUCCUUCCUAGUGCCUGUUGACAAAAAAAAAUUCAUAAGACCCAAUUUGAGAUAGAGGAAGAAAACACAAAAUGGCAAAUAGCGAGAAAACUGCCCAUGUAACCCCUAUUUUCUCGGCUUUUAAAUGAUCGGCAGGACAAUUUUCACAACUUGUGGAAAUUUUAGAGAUUCCACCGAAGAAAAUGGAAGAAAAUCAAAGGCAAAGCCAAAUUAUCAAUGGUAAGCGCCUCCCUUAGUGGAGCCUUAGCUUCAUAACGAAAAUCAUUUUCUUAAUAUUUAUUACAGCAAACGAUAGUCCGAACCUUGCUCAUUGCCUUUUGAUAGCUUUUUAUGACCUAGAAAAGUGAAAACAAAAAAAUUUUACUGGAAAAACAAUACGCUGGCGCGCGCGCCAACAUUGAGCAAAAACCCUAUGGAGCCAACUUAGGCAUCGUUUGUAUCACAUUUGGUACCUAAUUCUAUUUGCAAGCUUUUUGUCGAUGUUUUUUUAAUCACAACACAAAAUUCAUCAAUAAAGGUAAAGAAAAACAGCCAUGUCCAUGAGUUCAAGGAAUUUGAGCCUGCGAUUUUUGUUUUACUAACGAGAGCUCGAAAUAUCUUCACAAAAUUUCGUCAUGUGGUGUCGAAAAGAGUGCAGUUCACUCACGUGGUCAAUGGGUAUGCAAAUUUGGAGGAACAGAAGAAGUUGUUUGCUAAAGCGUUCAAAUCCCAUAGGAUUUGUUUGGAACACCAACAUGGCGACGGGCCACACGUUUCAAAUUACAAUAAACUUUGAACAAAGAUAUGUAUGAAUACCUAUGGAAGCCGGGAGAGGUCUAUCUCUAAGUCGAAUUUUCGCCAUUUAAACGUAAACCGCUUUCUUUGAUAUUUGGCAUUCGGAAUAACAAAUUUAAAGAUUUCAUAAAGCAUCAUAUCUCGGUGCGAGUAAAACAAGAUAUUACCAGAUUUUAGGGUCAAACAACAUUUUUUAGAAAAGAAAAAAUAGCGGCGGGCCCCCUUAAACCUUUAUAGAAUCAUUGCUCUGGAGAAAAUCAUAGCCGACGCAAUGUGACUUGACUUGGUUAACCUUUUAAAGAAAAAAAGGAAAAUUACCGUGUAAAUGCAAGUUUUUCGCGAUUUUACAAAGGUUUAAUUAUAGUUGAGUUUGUUGAACACCGUUUUAUGCGCAUUCUCAUAAUGUUGAACAUCGACGUCAAUUACAUACAGAAAAACAAGUUUUUCCUAGCACAGUCUGCGAUUUAUUUGCGACAUACACGGAGCGUUGUAAAAAUUGUAUUUCAGUUUAAAUUUUUCCUCAAUUUUGUGUUUUUUUAAAGGAAAGUUAAAAAAGUAAUUUGAGACGGAAACCGGAAUCUGCAGGAGUAGAAUCCAGCACUUGGAAUAUGGAAUCCCCCGCGUGGAAUCCAGAAUCUAAUAAUGUCCUGGAUUACCUUACAUGGGUCGAAACGACGCAACCACUUCUACUACAAGUCGUUCGUAAAGCCUAUGAUAAGUAAAAAUGUUUCUGUUCUGAAAUAUUGGAACUCUCAGCUUAUUUUCAAAUGCAAAUCAACAUUAAUGUUUACGUCUUAACAAAAGUGGAGACUAUUGCAUCGAACUCAUUCUUAUUUUCUUAUUUUAACGAUUAUCAACUGUUGAGGGAUCCGAAAUAACACCUUAACAAUUACGAAGACGUCUAGAGUCUGGCGGUCUGCAGACAAUACAGAGCCACUCGCCCUCCGAGGCAGUCUUAAAUCCCUCGCAGCUCAUGUGCAACCAUUCCACGCUCACCUUGCACUGUAUCAUGUCGUCCCAACACUCGCGCAUUGAACAAUAACUAAAUUGAUGUCACAAGUUUGUCUCUUAUUGAAUCUAGAGGUGUUCGACUGUUGCGGAAAAGGUUCAAAACGACCUUUCUCCAAACAUUAAACUAAAUACUUGCGCAUUUUCCUUUGGUCAAAAGAAACAUGCGACAAGUCAUUUCCAGCUACCAGUGCGUAUGCAUUGGCGAUGCACAUGAAUUUAAAACAUACUUUAGUUCACACUGGAACUUAAAGUAUUGUCUAUUUCUAAUAGAACAUUAAGGAUGAUGUUUUCACUUAGUUUUGUUGAGGGGUCUAAAUCCGCCGAAGGGGGUCCAAACCCACUUGCGGAUUUGGAUUGGGGGGCUCCAUAUCCCAUAGCUAAUUGGUUUGUAAAUAUGAUGAGCUAAAUAUUUACACAAAAAAAUUCAUGUCAUGGGCACAUCAACUUGAACCCAGCUCUAACUUGAACCAAAAUUGAUUUCCCUUGGAUUUCCAUCGUACAUUUACUGCAAUUUUACCCUAACUAACUCAAACCCUCAAUAACUUGAACCUCACACUACCUUAAAGCAAUUUUAAUUUCCCUUCUGGUCAUUCUCUGCAUAUUUUUACCCCCUGAAAACUUGAACCACAUCUGUCAGUAUGUGAGAAAUCUAGACACAGUGUACUGCAGUCCAAAAUGUUUACUUAAUGUCAUGACUUCUGCAGAAAUUUAGUGUUUUAUCAUCACUUGUAUUCUCUUUAAUUAAAUUUGAUUAAAAUGUACACUGUAUGAGUAGAAAAAAGUGAAUGCCAUUUUUCCCUUAUUUCCAGUACUUUGUUUUUAACUCCUGAUAACUCAAAUCUUUUUCAAUAUUCCUUGAAGGUUUGAGUUAUUGGGGCUCAACUGUGUCAAGAAAAAGGGUCUCAGUGCCACUUACUCGCCAUUCAUUUUUUUUUUAAUGUUUUUUUUUUUACAAGUAACAAUUAAUCUUUUGAUAAGAAUGUUAUUCUGCUUUUGUUGCUUUGCUUUUACCUAUGGCAAGAACAUAGUUAGAAUUUAUACACAAGAACUUUCAAAAGUUCUGUCCCUCCCCUCCCCCAUAGACAGUUUAGACCCCUUUGAUCAAAUACUCGCUCUCACCUUUUACGCAGAUGGUUUGAAAAUAUAAGGGUUAAAUUGUAAUAUCCAUGCAAGGUUGUUGAAUUGAAUAAUGUUUGCUCUUCAAGCAUGGCAUGUUGCAAAGCAAAACACCCUUCCAGGGAGGUUAAGGAGAAAUUUGAUACUCUCCUACACUUGAUUCCAGCAAUAUUGGGCAUAGUAAUUUGGUAUUAUCAACUGAGUUGGUAACAUAAAUCAGCCACCAUUAAGAGUUUCAAAGCUGACAUUUCGAGCGUUAGCUCUUCAUCAUUAGCUCUGACUGAAGGGCUAACCCUUGAAAUGUCAGCUUUAAACGUCAGCUUUAAAACUCUAAAAGGUGGCUAAUUUACACUUUAAACAGUGAUUAUGUGUUGAAUGUGUGGCUCUGCUCACCAAACUAUCCAGGGAACUGACAGACAUGUUCACAGCAUUGACAUGUAGGGUAAACACCAACAACUUUCACUAUUGGUGACCAUGUUUGUGAUAUCAUUUCAGUUGCCAAUGUUAGAGCAUACGAUUGCCGAAUGUGUGAAAGGGUGUACCAGACUGAGGAGGAACUGGAGAAACAUCUGCUUAACCAUGCUGAGCAUCGCCCCUACAAAUGUCCUCAGUGUCAGAAAGGAUUUAAACAGCCUUGCCAUCUGAAUCAACACCUGCGAACACAUACAGAUGAGAGGCCAUUCCCCUGUGAGGUGUGCCGCAAAUCCUUCAAGCAAGCUUGUCAGCUUAAACAGCACAUGCGGCUCCACACAGGAGAGAAGCCUUAUCACUGCUCCCAGUGCAAUCGUUCUUUUAAGCAAGCUAGCCAGUUAAACCAGCAUGUGCGCCUCCACACUGGAGAGAAACCUUACAAGUGUAGCCACUGUGACAAGACAUUCACACAGGCCAGCCAACUGCGAUCACACAAGAAGACCCAUGAUCCUAAACCUGAGAGGAAGUCCAUGUCAAAAAAGCCAAAGGCAGUUGCCCGAGGUGCAGUGGUUAUGCCUACUUUUACCACCAAGGUCUCUUCGCAGUCCAUGUUGUAUCAUCAGAAACAACCUACUUUCAGUCCUGCUUUAAAAAUGGAUCCUCCAUUUGGUGGAAACUUCAAAAGUGCACACCCAUUUGGUACAGGUAUGUCUCAGGUAUGUCACAUGCGAGAAGUACCAGUUUCCUCUAUAACACAUGACUUUCUGGGAUAG